AUGCCUUACGCUCUAUCCGAAUCGCAUAAGAACUUGGUUUCUGCUCAUCUCAGUGAGAGCGACCCAGAAGUCGAACAAAUCAUCAAAGAUGAAAUCGAUAGACAAAAACACUCCAUCGUGUUGAUUGCGUCUGAGAACUUCACUUCUACUUCCGUUUUCGACGCCUUGGGAACUCCAAUGUGUAACAAGUACUCCGAAGGUUACCCUGGCGCGCGUUACUACGGUGGUAACGAACACAUCGACAGAAUGGAGCUUCUGUGCCAGAAAAGAGCGUUAGAAGCGUUUCACGUGACACCAGACAAAUGGGGUGUCAACGUCCAGACGCUGUCUGGGUCUCCAGCCAACUUGCAGGUUUAUCAGGCUUUAAUGAAGCCGCACGAGAGGCUGAUGGGUCUUUUUCUACCAGACGGUGGUCACUUGUCCCACGGUUAUCAGACGGACACCAGAAAGAUCUCUGCUGUUUCUACUUAUUUUGAGUCUUUCCCUUACAGAGUGGAUCCUGCCACCGGUAUUAUCGACUACGACACUUUGGAAAAAAAUGCUAUUUUGUACAGACCCAAGAUCCUAGUUGCCGGUACUUCUGCGUACUGCCGUUUGAUCGACUACAAGAGAAUGAGAGAAAUUGCCGACAAAGUCGGUGCUUACCUAAUGGUCGACAUGGCGCACAUUUCCGGUUUGAUUGCCGCCGGCGUCAUCCCAUCGCCAUUUGAGUACGCUGACAUCGUCACUACCACGACUCACAAGUCCUUGAGAGGUCCUCGUGGUGCCAUGAUCUUCUUCAGAAGAGGUGUCAGAUCUGUCAACCCAAAGACCGGCAAGGAAGUUCUAUACGACUUGGAAAACCCAAUCAACUUCUCUGUCUUCCCUGGUCACCAGGGUGGUCCUCACAAUCACACCAUCUCUGCCUUGGCCACUGCUUUGAAACAGGCCAACACCCCAGAGUUCAAAGAGUAUCAAGAACAAGUUGUCAAGAACGCCAAGGUCUUGGAACAGGAGUUCAAGAAAUUGGGCUACAGACUUGUCUCUGACGGUACCGACUCCCACAUGGUUUUGGUUUCUUUGAGAGAAAAGGGUGUCGACGGUGCUCGUGUCGAAUACGUUUGCGAAAAGAUCAACAUUGCCUUGAACAAAAACUCCAUCCCCGGUGACAAGUCCGCUUUGGUUCCGGGCGGUGUCCGUAUUGGAGCUCCAGCCAUGUCCACCAGAGGUCUUGGCGAAGAGGACUUUGCCCGCAUUGUCACCUACAUCGACAAGGCCGUGCAAUAUGCUCACAAUGUUCAACAAUCUUUGCCGAAGGAGGCUAAUAGACUGAAGGACUUCAAAGCCAAGGUUGACGAGGGCUCCGAAGAGUUGGUUCAAUUGAAGAAGGAAAUCUACGACUGGGCUGGCGAAUUCCCACUUCCAGUGUAA